AUGGCAACAGCGCAAGACGACUUUCUCAAGUCGUAUAUCCCACUUUACGUCUCAUGCCAGUCCACUGGCGGUUUUCAGGACUUCUGGACAACUAUUGGGCGAGAAUAUCACGCCAAAUACCCCAUCGUCCUCACUGCGGAUGAUGUAGCAGCAGCCGACGGUGAUCGUGAGCUGGCGUUCCAGAGACGCACCGACAAGGACUUAAAGUAUAUCAGAGGCUUUUUUGCAAAUGGAACUCGCACGGGCAUUGUUGGCAAAGGCGGGGGUCAGCUGAUCCUUCAAAUAUGUCGGGCCAGUAGCAAGCCAGAGAAGAAGCGUACUCGCAAACCCCUUCCUUGGCAAACGUAUGCAAAAUACAUCGACUUCCGGAAUAACUUGGCCCUCAAAGCCGAGUUCGCGACCGAGUACGCCGCGCAUUGCGGUGCGCUUCCAGCAGGCGCUGCGAAGCCGCGAGAAUUGACGGUCCUGGGGAGAUGGCUGACUCAACGCCUCGAGUUGGAAACAGAAGAGGUGAAGAGUCACGUCGAGGAGCUGCGUCAUGCCAAGGGUAGCGAGGUUGACGAGGAUGUCAACAUGACCGAGGACAACGGCACACUGCAGUCUAAUGAGGAGACUCCUCCGCAGCGCAACAAGGAGGAUCCUCCACCGGACCCAAUAUCCGACCCGGACCAAUAUCAACGCCUCUGCGACAGCAUUCCGAAGGUUCUCAUGACUGUUCUAGACUCAUUGACCGUCGAAACCAAAUGGUCUUUUUGUGUAUUCGCCUGCGGUCCUGAGCCAAAAUUCAACACCGUCCCGAGGUCCUAUAGCUACGCAAAUGGAGGGACUUCUACGCUUCCGCAUAUGUUUAAUGCCAAGAAAGACGUGUGGCGAGCAUUUCAGCAGGAGUGGGAUCGAUGGGGUGCAGAACGCUAUCCAAAUGGCUGGUCCGGUAUCUCCGACGCCAUCGACAAGUUGGUCGAAACGGGCAUGACUCGCGACGAGGCUAUUGCAAGUCUGGAAAUCAUUCCCAAGGAGACUGAUCCAGAGCCUGGCCCCAAAAAAGGUCGCCGUCGCCGUCGGAUUGCAGCCCCAUCCGAAGAUGUCACAGCUGGUCCCGCUACCGAUGAUCCUUUGGAUGCCGGGGGUGCUGCCACUGCACCCGAUCGACCACGACCUCGCCCGAUUGGUGGUGGCAGGUCGCAGUCAACUGGGAGCACCAUGCCCACUCUUCACAAUCGGCCUCUUGGCAUGAACGAGGUGCAGCCAGACGUCAACACCCCGUCUCCGGUCGGCGGUCCGGCACAGAAUGCAACCCCUCCGCCACGCGCCCCGAGCGAGCAGCCUGACGCGUACGACAGGGGACUGGACGCCAACACGCCGCCUCCUGUCGACGGUCCGCCACCGGAGGCGACCCCUCCUCCACGCGCCCUGAGCGAGCAGCCCAGCGUGAACAACGCGCGGCCGGAUGCCGAUACGCCGCCUCUCGUCGAUGGUCUGACCCCUCCUCCACACGCUCCGAGUGAGCAGCUCGGCGCGAACAACACGCCGCCUCCCGUUGAUGGUCCGCCACCGGACCCGACCCCUCCUCCAUGCGCCCCGAGCCAGCAGCCCAGCGUGAACAACGCGCAGCCGGAUGCCGACACGCCGCCUCCCGUCGAUGGUCCGCCACCGGAGGCAACCCCUCCUCCACGCGCCCCGCGCGAGCAGCUCGGCGCAAACAACGCGCCGCCUCCCGUUGACGGUCCGCCGGCGGACCCGACCCCUCCUCCACGUGCUCCGAGCGAGCAGCCCAGCGCGAAGAACGUGCAGCCGGAUUCCGACACGCCGCCUCCCGUCGAUGGUCCGCCACCGGAGGCGACCCCUCCUCCACAUGCCCCGAGCAACCAGCUCGGCGCGAACAACGCGCCGCCUCCCGUUGACGGUCCGCCGCCGGACGUGACCCCUCCGACUCGCGCUGCAGGUGCUGAGCUUGACGCGCUGUCUGCUCCCACUGAACAGGAUGCGGGUUCUGCUGCUGCCUACUUGCCAACGUGGCAAAGUUGGGUCUUGGGAGCUGAUGAAAGCUGGCGUUCGGUCUUGUCGGACAUCCAGGCAGACGAUCUUCAAGAUUGUCUCAAUCCCCUCCUUGAUUCAUGGGUAGCAUUCGAGGCUUCACGCGGCUACAUCGACGGGAAUCGCAACAUGAAAACAGCAUUCCGUCCCGCUCAAGUUCUUUGGUGGAUGAACAGCCUUCGUGACCCUGACGCCAUCCCGGAUAUCAACGACUUCGAUGUUUUCGUCACGAACUGGUGGAAAUGGCUGCAUGUGCUGUCGCCAGUUUGGCGACAGCAUCCCAACUUCGAAUCGCCGUUCCCUCCGUUCACACACGAUAUUCCGGAAGCUGCUGAAUGGGGAUAUCUCACGCAGAGUGGCUCCAAGGGGAUGGUUCUCGUCGUUGCCACUGUAGUAUGGUGGGGCACGGCAGUAGCGCUUCAGCCCGGAGACAGGACUUCCGGCUGGCUAGCGGCUAUACAGGAGCUAACUUGGGUUCUUCAGAAUGCUGCCCCCCUCUCGUCUCGCACGCCUUUGACCCGUCCUCUCGCCUCUGCCGACAGUGCAAACAAGAAAUCGGCAGUGUCGCGGCCGCGUGUACCAGCCAAAAGGGGGCUCAAACGGAAGGCCAAUGAAAAUGCCGAACCCAAGCCGUCGAAGAGGACCCGUCGCAAAUAG